AUGGGUGACAAACGCGAUUCCGAAGUCGUCCAGGACUCGGUGGACUCACACGACUUUUCCAACAAUAGCGUCUCGGCCAAACCCGGGGUGUGGACCCGGUUCAAGGACUCGUUCAAACCGGCGGAAGUUGACGAAAAAGCUGGCGAUGACCUUGCUCUGACAGAUGAUUUGGAAAGUGGAGCCAUGAACGCUGACGGCGGCCAGAAGGGCGAGUCGUUAAAGCGUGGUUUGAAGCAACGCCACAUCCAGAUGAUUGCCAUUGGUGGUUCUAUCGGUACCGGUUUAUUCGUUGGUUCCGGAGGUUCUUUGCGUACGGGUGGUCCCGCGGCGCUUUUGAUUGCUUGGGGUCUCGUGCUGACGAUGUUGGUCCCCGUGGUGAUGUCGCUCGGUGAGCUCUGUGUCGCCUUCCCCGUCACCGGGUCGUUCUCGACGUACGCGGUGCGGUUCAUCAGUCCCCUGUGGGGUUUCUCCAUCGGGGUCAUCUACGCGCUCAUGUGGUUGAUUGUGUUCCCCUUGGAGUUGGUGGCGCUGGCAAUGUGUAUUUUGUACUGGAACGAUAAGAUUAAUCCAGUGGCAUGGGUAUCGCUUUUCUACGUUUUCAUCAUUGCUAUCAACUUGUUUGGUGUCAAAGGGUACGGUGAGGCUGAGUACUUCUUGACCAUCGUCAAGAUUAUCGCCAUCACUGGUUUCAUUAUCCUUGGUGUCGUGCUUGUAUGUGGUGGUGGUCCCACCCAUGAAUUCAUCGGGGCUAAAUACUACCAUAAUCCUGGUGCUUUCGCCCACGGGUUUAAAGGGGUGGCCACUACUUUCGUCACCGCCCUGUACUCUAUGGCGGGGGCGGAAAUGGUGGGGUUGGCGUCAGCCGAAACUAAGAACCCUCAAAAGGUGUUGCCUAAAGCCGUGCGGCAAGUGUUCAUCCGGUUGGUGUUGUUCUACUUGUUGACGCUCAUGUUCAUCGGCUUCCUCGUCCCCUACAACGACCCGCAGUUGCUUGGUUCCAACACCAACUCGACGCUGCCGUUCGUCAUUGCCAUCAAAAACGCCAAGAUCUAUGCCCUCCCCUCGAUCUUUAACGCCUGUAUCUUGUUCACCGUGGUGCUGGUGGGUAACCUGGCGGUGUACGGGUGUCUGCGUACCCUCCAUUCGCUUGGUGAACAAGGGUUGUUGCCGCGGAUCUUCGGCUACAUCGACCGCCGUGGCCGUCCCAUGGUUGCCCUCGCUACCCUGGCCAUCUUCGGUGCCUUGUGUUUCCUUUCCGCUUACGAAAACCAGGGUGAAGUGUUCGCCUGGAUGUUGUCGGUACUGGGUUUGGCCACGGUGUUUGUGUGGUUCAACAUUGCCCUCUGCCACGUCCGGGUGCGGUGGGCACUUUACGCUCAAGGUCGCUCGACGCUGGAGUUGCUUUACAAGGCGCCCACCGGGAUCAUCGGCUCCAUCUACGCCAUGGGGUUCUUGCUCGUGGUGCUUGUGCUCCAGUUCUGGUCCCUGUUGUGGCCCAUUGGCCACGACGGCAGAGCGCUGGCGUAUUCGUUCUUCCAGGCAUACCUCUGUGCUCCCAUCAUGUUGGUGUUGUUCGUGGGUCACAACAUCUAUAUCCGCCGCAAGUUGGGCCGCUGGGUGUUGCUCAUUCCGCUUAAGGAGGUGGACUUGGAUACCGGCCGUCGUCAAAUGGACAUGGACAUCAUCCGGGCCGAGAUCCAGCAGGAGAAGGACGCGAUGGCGUUGAAACCAUUCUAUGUGAGAUGGUUCAAGUACUGGUGCUAA